AUGGAGAAUCCUCGCGUGCCGUUGAACUCGUCGACGGAGGACGCUGCGGUCUAUGUGAAUGCAAAGCAGUUUCAGUGUAUUCGUCGUCGUCGCGAGGCUCGCGCCAGAGCUGAGAGGGAGAAUAAGCUGAUCAAAGUUAGGAGGCCAUAUCUCUACGAGUCGCGCCACCAACAUGCGGUUCACCGCCCGAGGGGGUCCACUGGCCGUUUCGUCAAGACCAAAAGUGAUGGCAAUGAGCAACCUAACAAAUCGCCACCGCCACCGCCACCGCCACCGCCACCCCCACCGCAAGCUUAUCCAACGAUUCCUUCGAAUCCUGACCUAGUUUUACCGCAUGCUUAUACCGAAGAAGUAAACAACGGCCUACCGCCUCAGCUGCCACUGCUGUCAACGCCACCGCCAUUACUAUUACCGCCUACUAAAUACCCUGCAGCGUCUUCAAUAUCUGACAUGAAGAUAUGGUAUGAUUCUAUUGAAGAAGGAAAUAAUGUGUCACCGCCGCUGUCGCUGCUGACACCUCCUUAUUUCGCUGCUACGCCUUCGAACUCCAACUUGAUCUUGCCAUUUGAUCAUUUCGACAAUCUGAAUGAUUGUUGA